GCAAAGUCAAGGUUUGACUCCAGAGGACCAUUGUCGCAUCGAACCAGAUGAGUCGCGUGAAGGCGAUCCGAUCGGCGGCAGCGACGUCCCUGAGCCGCCACUUGUCGACCAAGGCUGUCAAGCUCCCCGAGUACCCUGUGGAUACGUCGUACUUGGUCUCCCAUUACACGGCACCCGCGCUUGCGGCAGCGUUCAGUGACAGGGAGCAAACGUUGCGGCGUUGCGCGCAGUUGCUUGCUGAAGGAGACCUUGACCAACUCUCGCAGCUCCUCACCCCGUUCCGCGGCCAAGCGGUGGUCAGAGAUAAACCGCCAACGACCCCACUGGACGACGCGUUCUCGACGCGGCAUUUGGAUCGUAUCAAGAAGCGUCUGAACCGUUUGCCCCGCCAAAUCGCGAAAAUGUCACACAAGCGCGCCGCGGUGGUGAUACCGCUGUGCACGAUCGACGGUGCGCCGCACGUUAUUUUCACGCUGCGGUCGUCGCACAUGCGUUUUCACCGCGGCGAAGUGUGCUUCCCCGGCGGAAUGGUCGAAAGCGGCGAUACAUGCAUCGAAAACACUUGCUUGCGGGAGAUGGAGGAAGAGCUCGGGGUGCCGGCGUCCCAAGUGAACGUGUUGGGAAUCUUGCGCUGCGACUGGUCCAACGUGGCGUCUAUUACGGGCGUGGCCGUGACGCCGGUGGUCGGGCACAUUGACCAGUUCGACGAGUCGACCUUGACCUUGAACUCGGACGAAGUUGAGAGUCUCUUCACCGUGCCGCUGGCGCUCCUCGUCCAAGACAAGUAUUGGAUCCGACCAAACAACGCCACGCCCGUCUUCACGGCGGGGCCGCACUUGAUAUGGGGUCUCACGGCAUACGUGUUGGACAUCUGCAUCCGCGAAGUGCUCUUGGUCGAAGAAGGCGACAAGGACACGGCUCCAGCGACCACGACCCCCACUGCCCAAAUUGUUUAAGUAUAUUUAACAUAAGUCCUGCUUCGUUGUGGGGACGCCGAGUAGGACGGACUGAUCCAAGAGCAAGUGGUAAACUCACGUGGACGACUCCACUCCACCAUUUAUACCUCAACCUAAGUUUC